UGCGGAGAGGACCCACGUGGAUUCCGCGCGUGUCUGGAAGCCGGUGCUUCCCCGCCGGGUCUCAGCCGACAUGGGCCGCUCGGGGAAGUUGCCCUCCGGUGUCUCGGCCAAGUUGAAGCGCUGGAAGAAAGGCCACAGCAGCGACAGCAACCCGGCCACCUCCCGCCACCGCCAAGCCGCCCGCAGCCGCUUCUUCAGCCGGCCGUCAGGCAAGAGCGACCUGACGGUUGAUGCUGUGAAGUUGCACAAUGAGCUGCAGUCAGGGUCCCUGCGCCUGGGCAGCCACGGAGCCCCGGAGACGGCCAUGGAGGAAGAGGAGGAGCUGGCUGCCACCGAGAAGUCCUCCGGCACCUUCCUGAGCGGCCUCUCCGACUGCACCAACGUCACCUUCAGCAAAGUGCAGCGCUUCUGGGAGUCCAGCUCUGCUGCUCACAAAGAGAUCUGUGCUGUGCUGGCCGCUGUCACCGAGGUGAUCCGCUCCCAGGGCGGGAAGGAGACGGAGACCGAGUACUUUGCUGCUCUGAUGACCACUAUGGAAGCAGUGGAGUCUCCGGAGUCUCUGGCCGCCGUGGCUUACCUGCUCAACCUCGUCCUGAAGCGGGUGCCCAGUGCUGUGCUCAUUAAGAAGUUCUCCGAUACCUCCAAAGCCUUCAUGGAUGUCAUGUCAGCUCAGGCCAGCAGUGGCUCUUCCUCUGCCCUCCGAUGGGUCCUCUCCUGCCUGGCCACCCUUCUGCGGAAGCAAAACCUGGAGGCCUGGGGCUACCCCGUGACCCUUCAGGUGUACCACGGGCUCCUGAGCUUCACUGUGCACAGCAAGCCUAAGAUCCGGAAGGCUGCCCAGCAUGGAGUGUGCUCCGUCCUCAAGGGCAGCGAGUUCAUGUUUGGUGAAAAGGCCCCUGCCCAUCACCCUGCUGCCAUUUCCACCGCCAAGUUCUGCAUCCAGGAGAUUGAGAAGUCUGGAGGCUCCAAGGAAGCCACCACCACGCUGCACAUGCUGACGCUGCUGAAGGACACGCUGGCCUGCUUCCCAGAAGGCCUGGUGAAGAGCUGCAGCGAGACUCUCCUCCGGGUCAUGACCUUAAGCCAUGUGCUGGUGACAGCCUGUGCCAUGCAGGCCUUUCACAGCCUAUUCCAUGCCAAGCCAGGCCCAGGCACCCUGUCAGCAGAGCUCAACGCCCAGAUCAUCACGGCCUUAUAUGACUACGUUCCCAGUGAAAAUGACUUACAACCCAUGCUCGCCUGGCUUAAGGUUAUGGAGAAAGCCCACAUCAACCUGGUCAGGUUGCAGCGGGACCUGGGACUGGGCCACCUUCCUCGCUUUUUUGGAACAGCCAUGACCUGUCUCCUGUCCCCCCACUCUCAGGUGGUGACAGCUGCCACCCAGAGCCUCAAGGAGCUCCUGAAGGAAUGUGUGGCUCCCCACAUGGCUGCCGUCGGCUCGGUGACCUCCUCGGCCUCAGGCCCCGCCCAGUACAUUGCCAAGAUGUUCAGGGCCGCAGAGGAGGGCCUGACGUACAAAUUUCAUGCGGUUUGGAGCUCCGUGUUGCAGCUGCUGUGUGUCUUCUUUGAGGCGUGUGGAAGGCAGGCGCACCCUGUGAUGAAGAAGUGCCUUCAGUCCCUGUGUGACCUGCGCCUCUCGCCUCACUUCCCCCACACGGCAGCCCUCGACCAGGCAGUGGGGGCCGCGGUGACCAGCAUGGGACCCGAGGUGGUGUUGCAGGCUGUGCCUUUGGAGAUCGAUGGCUCUGAGGAGACUCUGGACUUUCCACGGAGCUGGCUCUUGCCUGUUAUCCGGGACCACGUUCGGGAAACGCGACUGGGUUUCUUCACCACCUACUUCUUGCCUCUGGCUACCACCCUGAAGAGCAAAGCAAUGGAACUAGCCCAGGCAGGCAGCACGGUGGAGUCCAAGAUCUACGAAACGCUCCAGUGGCAGAUCUGGACCCUCCUGCCUGGUUUCUGCACGAGGCCCACGGAUGUGGCCACCUCCUUCAAAGGGCUGGCACGGACACUGGGCAUGGCCAUCAGUGAGCGCCCAGACCUGAGAGUCACCGUGUGCCAGGCCCUGCGCACCCUCAUCACCAAGGGCUGUGAGGCGGAGGCUGACCGUGCUGAAGUGAGCCGCUUUGCCAAGAACUUUCUCCCGAUCCUCUUCAACCUGUACGGGCAGCCUGUGGCUGCCGGGGACACGCCAGCUCCUCGCCGGGCUGUGCUGGAGACCAUCAGAACUUACCUCACCAUCACCGAGUCGCAGUUGGUGAACGGAUUCCUGGAGAAAGCCAGUGAGAAGGUGCUGGACCCUGCCAGCUCCGAGUUCACCAGAUUGUCUGUUCUGGACCUGGUCGUAGCCUUGGCUCCCCAUGCUGACGAAGCUGCCAUCAGCAAGCUGUACUCCACCAUCCGGCCCUACCUAGAGAGCAAGGCCCACGGGGUGCAGAAGAAGGCCUACCGCGUGCUGGAGGAGGUGUGUGCCAGCACCCAGGGCCCGGGGGCCCGCUUCGUGCAGAGCCACCUGGACGACCUGAAGAAGACCCUGCUGGACUCGCUGAGGAGCACAGCCUCUCCCGCCAAGAGGCCCCGCCUGAAGUGCCUCAUCCACAUCGUGAAGCAGCUGUCGGCCGAGCACGCGGAGUUCAUCGCGGCCCUCGUGCCGGAGGUGAUCCUGUGCACCAAGGAGGUGUCUGUGGGUGCGCGGAAGAACGCCUUUGCCCUGCUGGUGGAGAUGGGCCACGCUUUCCUGCGGUUUGGCUCCAACCAGGAAGAGGCCCUGCAGCGCUACCUCGUGCUCAUCUACCCCGGCCUCGUGGGCGCGGUGACCAUGGUCAGUUGCAGCAUCCUGGCUCUGACCCACCUCCUGUUCGAGUUUAAAGGUCUGAUGGGGACCAGCACGGUGGAGCAGCUGCUGGAGAAUGUGUGCCUGCUCCUGGCCUCCCGCACCCGCGACGUGGUCAAGUCUGCACUGGGCUUCAUCAAGGUGGCUGUGGUUGUCAUGGACGUCACACACUUGGCCAAGCAUGUGCAGCUGGUGCUGGAGGCCAUCGGGAAGCUUUCAGACGACAUGCGGCGGCACUUCCGCACCAAGCUUCGGAACCUGUUCACCAAGUUCAUCCGCAAGUUUGGGUUUGAGCUGGUGAAGGGGCUACUGCCUGAGGAGUACCACAGAGUCUUGGUCAACAUUAGGAAAGCCGAGGCCCGGGCCAAGAGGCACCGGGCCCUGAGCCAGGCUGCGGAGGAGGAAGACGGGGAGGAGGAGGAGGAGCCCGCCCAGGGCAAAGGUGAUAGCAUCGAGGAGAUUUUGGCUGACUCGGACGAUGAGGAGGACAAUGAGGAAGAGGAAAGAAGCCGGGGCAAGGAGCAGCGGAAGCUGGCCCGGCAGAGGAGCCGGGCGUGGCUGAAGGAAGGUGGUGGGGACGAGCCUCUCAACUUCCUGGAUCCCAAGGUGACCCAACGAGUCCUAGCCACACAGCCAGGGCCUGGCCGGGGCAAGAGAAAGGACCAUGGGUUCAAGGUGAGCGCCGACGGCCGACUGAUCAUCCGGGACGAGGAGGAUGAGAAGGUGGAGGAAGAGGAGGGCACCAGAGGGGAGGACGAAGAGAUGGCUGAUCUGAUGGCAGAUGUGAACGUCAGGAAUAAAAAGCAGAAGCUUAAGCAGCAGAAGGAGGAGGAGGAGGAGGAGCUGGAGACGCCCCCUCAGUACCAAGCUGGAGGCUCUGGCAUUCAUCGCCCUAUAGCCAAGAAAGUUGUGCCCGGGGCUGAAUACAAGGCCAAGAAAGCAAAGGGUGACGUGAAGAAGAAAGGUCGCCUCGACCCCUACGCCUACAUCCCCCUCAACAGAACCAAGCUCAACCGCAGGAAGAAGGUGAAGCUGCAGGGACAGUUCAAAGGCCUGGUGAAAGCUGCACAGCGGGGGACCCAGGCAGGACACAGGCUCCGCAGAAAGGGUCACCGGCCCUGAAGCCCCGGGCCCCUGGGCAGCUCCGCACGCCCGCCUCGGCCGCUCGUCAGCCCCCAGCUGCCCUGCUGCAGUGCCUGGACUCACAUGCGGUGUUGGCACUGGGGCCUGCGAUUUGGAAGGGCGGAUGGGGCUGCCCUUUCAGGGCGUCCCCGUGAGGCGGCUCUGCUCUCUGCCAGGGCCGGCUCAGCACCGGGGCAGAUGGGCCUCCUCCAGCUCAGCUGCCCGUGGCCGUGGGGCACUCGGCCCGGCCGUGGUCUGGGGCUGAGGUGUACUGUGACCAGCUGUAGAAUAAACACGCGUGAC